CUUUAUUUUCUUUCUUUCUUUAUUUGUAGGUGUUUGCUUUACUGUUUUUCAGUGCAAUGAAUUGAACUUUAUAAACCAGAUUAUGCUCGAUGCCGUCAUCUUUUUGCUCCCUUGAAAAAAAACACCCAAAUUGGACAGUUAAAAAGGGGGGGAGGGGAACCUUCUCAGAAGGUCCAGGAAAAAAAUUGCAAAGGCACAGGAAUUGUUCCUACAUGGUGCAUUUUGUGGCUCCAGUCACUGGAAAACACAGACAAGUCCUGCUGGUCGGUGAAAUAAAAGCCACAGACGAUAGCUGUUCAGUCACUUGCCAGUUUCUCUACAAGCAAUCCUUGCCUUUUCCCCAGGUGAUUUGCAGGGGUUUGCUUCUCCUUUAAUAAGAUGUGACAUGCUACCUACAAGCCACCAUCUCCCCUCUCCGGAGGCAAGGGGAGGGGGGGAUGUGGCCGUGGUUGCAUAACAGUUGCCCUGAACAUCACACAUGCUCCCAAAGCAGGCUGUCCAGCUGACACUCCCUGACCACAGGCAAGUGAUGAAUGUUUUGAAGUAUUGCAGAUACAGAAUUCUAAGGAAGUGGCUUGGAAGAAACUUUCACGGGGAGCUGGAGUGGCUAUAGGGAGAAGUGCCCUGGGUAGUCAGCCAUGAUUGCCACUGGAGGCCUCCUGAGGAUCUCAGCUAGGAAACAGGAUCCCUUGCGACCACAAAGCCAAAUCCCCAAACGCAAACGUAAGGCCAAGAAGAAACGCAAAAAUGAUGUUGUGGUUGUGAAAGGCAAGCUCAAGCUGUGCUCCAUCUCAGGGCUCAUCGCCCUCUGUGGCAUCCUGGUACUGCUAGUGGGCAUCGCUUUGGCUGUUGUGGGCUACUGGCCCAAGCCCAGCCAGAUAUACAGAGAAGUUGGUGGGAGCAGGCACGUGGCCCCUCAUGGUGGCACCCCCAAGAACCGCUCCCAGAAUCAGGAAGGGGCACAAGCAGAGAUCUACCUGGUGUCACCUCCCAGAGCCAACUCCACUGCUGCUACCAGCCAGGAGUUCCCGCAGUCUCAUCCCACUUCCUCAUCACCCCAGGCUUCAGUGGGUUUCCUUUUCCGUCUUUUCUCAAGCUACUUGCAUUCAGACAAACUGAAGGUGUUGGGCCCCCUCAUCAUGGGUAUUGGCAUCUUCCUUUUCAUUUGUGCCAAUGCAGUAUUGCAUGAGAACCGUGACAAGAAGACCAAGAUCAUCAAUCUGCGGGACCUCUAUUCUACUGUUAUUGAUGCCCACAGCCUGCGAGCAAAGGAUGGAGGUGCCUCAGCCCCUCUUAACGGCUUUGUCAAUUAUGUGCAGUCACGGGGCCUGGAGCUAAAGCCUGGUGGUGAAGGUCUGGGUGCUGCAGCUAUGCUGGCCAAGAGCUCUUGGCCACCAGGGCUGGCUGCCUCCCUUUCCCCACCUGAUCUAGCAUCUUCACCUCGGCGUUCCUCCUUCUGCACCUUGCCACAGCCUCCCAGCCUGGCCGAGGCUGUGUACAGCAUCUACCGGGAACAUGCUGCCCAUACUGGUCGCACAUUUACCAGCCCACCCUGCAGUCCACCAGAGAGCUGGGGCCAGCGCAGCACAGCUAGCUCCAUUGUUGGAUCCUCAUUGAGUGCUUUCACUCUUCUGCCCUUGGCACAGAGUGGCAGAGGGGGAGGCUGGCGGAAGCCUCCUGGUGAGCGGGGAGCCCAGGAAAUCCCACGGGGGGAGUAUGAACUGAGCCUGACUGACCUCAGCCACGUCGAGGGAGGCUACAGGACAAGGAGGCACAAGCUGGUUCUCAGACGGCAGAGCACCAGCUGCUUGCCUGAUACUAGGCGUCCCCUUUCCCCUGAGCCACCUCGGUCUCCAGCUGUCAGGGGAGGCCUGGACUCCAACCUCUUGGCAUCUUCUAGCCACUCCAGAUCUCUGGACCUGGGGGAAUCACCUCCCUCAACUCCCCCUGCCAUCACCAGGACGGACUCUCAGAGCUCCCAGUCUGAGCCUUCCAGCAGCAAUAAGGGCUACAGUCACCUGGAGGAGGCUGGCACCUCCCUGGAGUCAGUUGCCAACACCCCAGCCAGUAAAAUCCAGGACUGUGAGGAGGAACCACCAGCUGAGAAGAUGGAUCCCCUCAAGGCUACCAGCACAGAACAAACAGGGGAGCAAUCUCAGCAAACUCAAAGACGGUACACAAAUAAAGAGAAACUCUUUAUGAUUUCUAGGUCGCACGCUGCAUUAGGGCUGGAGGAUGGGGAGCUGGAAAGUACUGGCAUCUAAACAACCAAGAAGGCGCAAGGACACUUUGCAACCCUCCACACCUUUCCCCCUUCUCCAUCUUUUUGUGGACUUAGGAAACCAGUCUAUAUCCAAAGAGCUGCAGUAUGCCACCCUUGAAAAUCAAAAUUCAGUAAGUCCUGUAGAUGACUUCAGGAAACAAAUCUUUCUGUCCGAUUGUAUGUUCCAUGCAAGCCAAAUUGUAUUAAAUAUCCACAGUCCAGCAAGUUCUCGGGAUCAGCUUAAUACAAUUUCGGACAGUAUAACCGUGCACUUUAAUUGUCUUGAUUUCCAAGUGCUCCUUCUCCUCUGAUUUCUUUCUUGCUGAUUUGCCACUAACUGCUUGAAAACCACAGGCACUUUUUUUAAGCUCAACAGCACCAUGGUCUUUAGAUUAAGAAAGCCGAGCUCUCUCUUUGUUUUGGUUCAACCACUAAAAAGUAUGCAAGGCCUUAAGGAUGACGUACCUUGACAAAGAAGGAGUUUGCUUCAAUUUGGGGAAAACGACUGUUUAGAACAGAAUAGAGCAGAACGGAGUGUUGAUAAUUUAGUUAAAACCAUGAUGUUCCUGAAUCCAAAAUACCUACUGCGAUGUGAUACUUUAUCAAGUAUUAUUACACAUGUAUUGAGUAAUAGCAUUAAAAGAUUUUUUUUUUUUAAUAAAACAUUUACAAACAAAACUGAGAGAUAAAAUGCCCUUUAUUUUGGUAAGUACUUACAGCUGCUAUAAACCUGUUUUUGUGCUGUGAAUGAUUAGAGAGAUGCUGCAAGGCCAAAGGUUUGCUUAUGUUUUUAAGUGGAUAAUGAUCAUGUAGGAGUGAUUUCAAAAUAAACAGUGGUUCUGACUCAGAGAAACUCUGCUUUAGUUCAGUCAGCAAAAUCUGUCUCCGUUUCUAACAGUGCUUUGUGACAUCUGCAGAAAUGUGAGAUCUUGACAUGCAAAGGAAAAAGAAAGUAUUUUGUUAACUAAUUAUUAGUUAAAAUUAGAUUUCACCUGAGUAACGCAUCCAUCUCAGACUGUAGCAUCUUCUUUCUAGAGUCUUCAUUUGCAGUUGUUGCUUUGAGCCUUUCCCCCAUUCAGGUUUUCGUAUUCAUAAAAGCAUGCGCAUAAUUUAAAAGCAUAAUUAUAGUCCUGAAUA